UUCCACCUUAACUCACAAAAUCACAGACACAGGCGAAGGAGCUUCAGUGAAGCAGGGUCUUUUGUUGUUGUUGUGUUCAGAGGUUGUAGAGAAGAGAAGAAAUGGAGGGCAAGGAGGAAGAUGUGAAGCUUGGAGCAAACAAGUACUCAGAGAGGCAGCCCAUAGGGACUUCAGCACAGACAGACAAGGACUACAAGGAGCCACCCCCCGCUCCUCUGUUUGAGGCAGGGGAGCUGCAAUCAUGGUCUUUCUGGAGAGCUGGAAUCGCAGAGUUCAUUGCCACUUUCCUUUUCCUAUACAUCACCGUCUUGACUGUCAUGGGUGUGCAGAGGUCUCCUAACAAGUGUGCUUCUGUGGGUAUUCAAGGUAUUGCUUGGGCCUUUGGGGGUAUGAUCUUUGCCCUCGUCUACUGUACUGCCGGCAUCUCAGGAGGACACAUUAACCCAGCAGUGACCUUCGGUUUGUUCUUGGCAAGGAAGUUGUCUCUGACCAGGGCAUUGUUCUACAUAGUGAUGCAAUGCCUUGGGGCGAUCUGUGGUGCUGGUGUUGUGAAGGGUUUCGAGAAGUCCAAUUACAAGAUGUUGGGUGGUGGAGCCAACGUCGUCAACCAUGGUUACACCAAGGGCGAUGGUCUUGGUGCUGAGAUCGUGGGAACCUUCGUCCUUGUUUACACUGUCUUCUCUGCAACUGACGCCAAGAGAAGCGCCCGUGACUCUCACGUCCCUAUAUUGGCUCCGCUGCCAAUAGGGUUCGCAGUGUUCUUGGUUCACUUGGCAACCAUCCCAAUCACAGGAACAGGAAUCAACCCAGCGAGGAGUCUUGGAGCAGCCAUCAUCUACAACAAAGAUCAUGCCUGGGAUGACCACUGGAUCUUCUGGGUGGGUCCCUUCAUUGGAGCUGCACUUGCUGCUGUGUAUCACCAGGUCAUCAUCAGGGCCAUUCCAUUCAAGUCCAGGGCCUAAUAAACCCUUAAACCUAAAGGCACAUCAUAUAUAUCAAAAGAGGAUCCCAUCCUCUAACCAAUUAUGUCCUUUUCUUAUUGCGAAAAUCCCAUAUUUUCUUCUCCCAUCAUCUCUGUUGCUGUGUCCUUUUCUUCUCUUUCUCUCUCAAAAUCAUGUGGUGGGUCUAUUAGCUUUUGCCAAUGCGUUAUGUAAAUUAUUAUUACUAUCUAUGGAGGAUUGAAGUUGGGUGCUUGCUGUGUCUGGUUUUGUUAUGGAGCUUUUUCAGCUUUGGAAUGGAAAUUUCACUUUUCCUUCGUUUACAAGUAAAAGUACGUAUCUAAGUAAUGAGAUGCUUUGAAAACUUUGUACCCUA